ACUGACCCUGUGUAGCAGCUUCACUCAUUAUACAGAUAACAGUCAAAUAUGAAACAGCUCCUUUUGCUUAUAUGUUUUCUUGGAUAUCCCCGCUCCACUCAUGGCGCUAUAAACUGCAAGAACCCUUCUGGCAGAGCUGUUGACUGGUUUAUCCUUUUCAAACUUCCAAAGUUAAACACUGGUAAAGUGCACACAGUUGGGACCGAAUUUUUCUAUAUGGAUGCAGACAAUCAAAAUUUUAAGAUAACAACGAUGCAAAACGUUAUCAGACCAAACAGGAAUCCUUUGUUUCAGACAUUGAAACCAUUAUACUCCAAUUCUCCAUUUAUUCAAUCAUACGCGAUGUAUAAUGACCAAGAGCCAUCCGGGAAAAAAGCAGCGCAAACAAAAGCACAUUCGAAAGGUGCACUAGCUUUUGACAAAAGCAAUGGAUUUUGGAUGAUUUCGGGUAUACCCCGUUUUCCGGCUGAAGUAUCAGAAGGAUAUCAUUUUUCAGAUGAGCAAAAACCGUUUGGACAAACAGUUCUCUGUGUAACAGUUCCAAAUAAAGUCAAAGAAUUAAUAGAAAAAAUAUUCAAGACAACAAAUCCUAAUAUAUAUGAUCAGAGAAAUUUUACAGUGUGGGAAGGAAAACCGGCAAGUAAAAUUAAUUUGGAUUUCAGAACAUCUGGAAAUAAUUUGGUAAAAGUAUUUGCGAAAUCUGCCAAAAUUGGGAAGAAAGACACAUAUACCCAGUUGAUAAGCCCGGGACUUAAAAGCAAGCUUAACGUUGACACUUGGAGACCAAACCUUAGAAACGGCAAGAAGGUGGCUGAAAAUGAACCUUUUACUUGCGUAGGAGACUUAAACAGACAAGAAACUCAGUUUAAAAGAGGAGGUCUUUCGCUUUGCUUGAAGAAUAAGAAAGUUGCAGAAACAUUUCGAGAACUCUAUACGAAGCCUGGACAGAUACCGACAUGCACUAUGUCUUCAAGGAAAAACAGGAAAAUUUGUCAACAUCGCCAAAAACUGUUGUAACAAAAUAGUCCUUGUUACCUAUCAUUAUAUAAUCGAACACUGGUGAUUGGACUUUAUAUUUUACGUAUCCUUUAACUUUGACUAUACUGAUUGGGCAAUACAUACUAUUCUUUGAACUAUUGUGAUUUGACUUUAUCAUUUAAUUUCAGAAUCAGUAUAGAAUGCUUUCGUAAAGUAAAUACCUUUAUUCAAUGUAUAUUCCAUGUUAAUUGAAUCACGAAUAGUAUGUGUCCAUCAAAGACUAUAUUGCUUUAAAGAAAGGUCAGAGAGAGAGCCAAUAGCUACCAUGUUUACAUAUUUAUGGGGUAUAUUGUUUUGAGGUGAUGAUCCUUUAAUGACCGUAAUUAAAUCCUUGCUGGUCAGUUUGUCUCCAAUUUGGACAUUAUGUUCCCGAUUAGUACACAAAUAUCCUGAGGGGGUAAAGUUUGAUGUAAACCAAACAAUUACCAACAUCAAUCUGCUAAUUGAAGUCAAUUAGUCGUUUGAUCGGUUCAUGUAGAUGACUUUAAUUGGUCACGAUACAGUGACCCUCCCCCCUAGUAAAUAUCUGUCGUAACCUUGGUUGACCCUAAGUACACUGAUUAAAGGCGGGUUCCUGACUGACCAGCUUGACGCCAUCUUGGAGCAUCAUAGUAACAAGGUGGUGGCGCCCUCUUACAGGGCUUUUCAACAACCAAUGAACACUUGUUUUACUUUGAUAGUUGUUUUCCCCAAAUAGUAUAAAACUACCAAAUUCUCGCAAGUUAGGUUAAUUCCGAUGCUCUCUCGAACGCUUAACAUCUCUCUGACUUCCCCGAAUUGGGACUGUGUAUUUAG